AUGUGGAGGAGCACUUCGAGGUGGAAGAGGAGGUGCACGAGGAGGGCAGUGAGCACGAGGAUGCCGAAGAGCAUGAGGACGGCUUGCACACCCCGUCAGAUGGGGGCCAUGGCGAGGAUGACGCCGCUAGCUCGUAUGCGGACGCCGCGGAUGUGGCUGAGGGGGAGGUUGAUAUUGACGAGCAUGAGGCAGACAAGGCUAGCGGCGAGGGCGAAGACGCUGCAGAAGCCACCGCCCACCCCGGGGACAAGGGAGCUAGAGUUGAUUCCAAGGGAGACGUUGGACAGACGGCAGAAAAGGCGGAUGAGGCUGAGGCUGAGGCUGAGGCUGAGGCAGAUAAUGAUACACAGAGCAAUCUCUUCAGUAAUCAAGCGGCGGUACAAGCUGCAUUUGAAGUGGAAACCGCUAUUCAAUCUGAUUCCGUUGAUGGACUCGCAAAGACCGCCGUGGAUACCGGCGCAAAAGAAAAGCGUCUGUUAA